AUGUCUCAGAAUCAACGAGAGGCUUGGGAGCGCGUACAGCUUAUGCUGCAGCGACGCAAGGGUAAUAUCCCAGGUGGUGGUCGCGGUGGUAUGGGGUUGGCCGGUCUUGUCCUGCUUGGAGCCGGUACCUGGGCUAUCUCGAACUCGCUCUUCAAUGUUGACGGUGGUCAUCGCGCUAUCAAGUACUCAAGAUUCAGUGGUGUGCGGAAGGAGAUCUACAGUGAAGGAACCCAUUUCCGAAUUCCCUGGGUCGAGACCCCGAUUAUCUAUGAUGUCCGCGCUAAGCCGCGCAACAUUGCUUCCUUGACUGGAACCAAGGACUUGCAGAUGGUGAACAUUACUUGCCGUGUGCUGUCCCGGCCCCGCGUGGAUGCUCUGCCGCAGAUCUAUCGUACACUUGGUGGAGACUUCGAUGAGCGUGUGCUCCCCUCGAUUGUUAACGAGGUCCUGAAGAGUGUUGUGGCCCAGUUCAACGCCAGCCAACUGAUCACUCAACGUGAGAAUGUUGCCCGCCUGGUCCGUGAGAACUUGGCCCGCCGUGCCGCCCGCUUCAACAUUGCCCUUGACGAUGUUUCCUUGACUCACCUCACUUUCUCUCCCGAAUUUACCGCUGCCGUCGAGGCUAAGCAAGUAGCCCAACAAGAUGCCCAGCGUGCAGCCUUCGUGGUCGACAAGGCUCGCCAGGAGAAGCAGGCUUUCAUUGUGCGCGCACAGGGUGAGGCUCGCUCUGCUGAGCUGAUUGGAGAUGCUAUCAAGAAGAGCAAGAGCUACAUCGAGCUGCGCAAGAUCGAGAACGCCCGUCACAUUGCUCAGAUCAUCCAAGAGAACGGUGGCAAGAACAAGCUUUACCUUGAUGCGCAGGGUCUCGGACUGAAUGUCAACGCGCCUAGCGAGGAAAGCAAAUAA